AUGCAAACUCCCUUUUUUAAAAAAGAAAAGUAAGAGAAAAGCAAAUUAGUAAUUUUGAAAACAAAAUCCUCCAUUUGUAAGCGCUUCCCAAAAACCGGCGAGCUCGUCAUAAAGCGAAGCCAUAACUGUAACUGAAGAACUCACUGGAAAACCACAACAGACCGAGAUCUAAUCCUGUGCGGCAAUGCCUCACCGUAACAACGCUACGCCUCUUCCCUUAAUCGUCACCCUAAACUGCAUCGAAGAUUGUUCCCUCGAACUCGAUUCCCUUUCCGGCGUCGCCGCCGUUGAACACAUUCCUCUCAGCCGUCUCUCCGAUGGCAAGAUCGAAUCCGCAGCUGCCGUUCUCCUUCAUUCACUCGCCUAUCUCCCACGCGCAGCUCAGCGCCGUCUCCGCUCUUACCACCUCAUUCUUUGCCUUGGCUCUGCCGACCGUACCGUCGACUCCUCUCUCGCCGCUGACCUCGGUCUCCGUCUCGUCCAUGUAGAUACCUCCCGUGCUGAGGAGAUAGCCGAUACUGUGAUGGCGUUAUUCCUUGGUCUCCUCCGCCGUACUCAUCUGCUCUCUCGCCAUGCGCUAUCUGCCUCUGGUUGGCUUGGCUCCGUCCAGCCGCUUUGCCGCGGAAUGCGGAGAUGUCGUGGCCUUGUCCUCGGGAUCGUUGGUAGAUCUGCUUCUGCUAGAGCUUUGGCUACUCGCAGUUUGGCUUUCAAAAUGAGCGUUCUCUAUUUCGAUGUUCACUCGGGACAAGCAAAAAUGAACUUCCCUCCUGCAGCACGAAAAAUGGAUACUCUUAAUGAUUUACUUGCUGCAAGUGACCUUAUAUCACUCCAUUGUGCUCUAACAAAUGAGACAAUGCAGAUUAUUAGUGCGGAAUGUCUUCAACAUGUAAAGCCUGGUGCUUUUCUUGUAAAUACUGGUAGUAGUCAGCUUUUGGAUGAUUGUGCUUUAAAGCAGCUUUUGAUUGAUGGAACGAUAGCUGGAUGUGCUUUGGAUGGCGCAGAAGGGCCGCAAUGGAUGGAAGCAUGGGUUAAGGAGAUGCCUAAUGUGUUGAUACUUCCACGAAGUGCCGAUUACAGUGAAGAGGUUUGGAUGGAGAUAAGGGAGAAAGCUAUAUCUAUAUUGCAAACAUUCUUCAUUGAUGGAGUUAUUCCAAAGAAUGCCUUGUCUGAUGCAGAAGAGAGUGAGGUGGAUGAUGAAAAUGAACAAUCUGAUCAACAAUACAAACAAAAUGCUCUACAAAUUAUUGUUAGAGAGCAAUUAGAUGAUGCUUACUCAAAUCCUGAAAGCUCCCAAAAGAAAGUAGGUGAAGUCAAAGAGUCUUCAUCCCAGCAUCAGGUUUCAAGUUUGACUCUGAGUACAUCUGCUCGUUCUGAAGGAAGGCGCAGCAGAUCAAGUAAAAAGGCCAAAAAGAGGCAUAUCCGUCAAAAGUCUCAACAAAAAUCAGAUCCUUCCGCACCGGAGAAAGAAGGCACGUCUCAUAGAGAUGAUACCGCUAUGAGUGGCACUGAUCAAGCUUUGAGCUCCAGCUCUGAAGACUCAAGAAGUAGAAAAACUCCGGUAGAAUCUUUACAAGAACCUAUUUCCAAUCAAGCUCUAAAAUCAAGCGCAAGGCUCAGUGAAAAAUGUACUGAACUUUUGAAAGAUGGAUGUAUUAUAGCUCUGCAUGCAACAGACCGUGCUGCGCUUUAUGUCUCAAGGCAAAGAGUUAAAGGCGGAGGUUGGAUCCUAGAUUCCAUGCCAGAUGUGUCAAAAAGAGAUCCUGCUGCACAGUUCCUUAUCAUCUUCAGAAAUAAGGACACAAUUGGCUUGCGAUCUAUUGCUGCUGGUGGAAAAUUAUUACAGAUCAAUAGAAGAAUGGAGUUUGUAUUUGCUAGUCACAGUUUUGAUGUUUGGGAGAAUUGGACAUUGGAAGGUUCCAUAGAUGAAUGGAGACUGGUGAAUUGUAGAAAUCCGUCGGCUGUUUUGGAUCAUGUAUACAUUGAGAUAUUGGCAGCUUCAGACGAAGAUGGAAUCACACGUUGGCUUGAAAACUUCUAACAUGAUAGAGUUUGUUGUCCAAAGUCUUUGUAGUAAUUUUGGGUUUGUAUUAUACUACUAAAAAAGGACGAGCUUAGUGUCACCUUGAUCUUUCAAAUGUUUGUUUGUGAAAGAUUGGAAUGUAAUAUUGUAGUGUAGAGCAUAACAUUAUUUCUUAUGCUUCUUUCUCUUUUAUUAAAAAAAAAAAUUAUUUGUUGUGAACUGUCUUUUAUUAAAAAAAAUCAUUUGUCGUGAA